AUGCAGGCUUCUCUAUACUUAAACACAUCAACACAGAUGAGAAAAGAUGAAAUCAUGCAGAAGCUCAGGUCAAACAGCGAACAGGAUAAGAUCGAAGGAAUGAAGCAGAUGAUAGCACAGAUGAGCCAGGGAGAAGACUUUGGUGCUCUUACACACAAGAUAACAAAGGAGAUAUUAGUAGUGAAGAGUAAUGAACUCAAAAGGCUGUUCUACUACUAUCUAGAGUUGCUCCCGAAGUCUAGAGGGACUCAGUCAUUUGAAGAGAUGCUUCUUCUGUCAAAUCAGGUUAGAAAGGAUCUCGAGCAUCCAAACGAAUAUGUCAGGGGGUUUGUGAUGAGGUUUGUCAGUACAUUGGAUGAUCAAGACCUUGUUGGGAAUUUCUACAAGUUGAUCAAAGAUAACUUCAGUCAUCCGAAUUCAUAUGUUCGAAGAAAUGCAUACUUCUGCCUAGGAGAAAUCUUUUCAAAGAUGGAUACUUACAAGGAGGUUCCGGAUCUCCUGUACCAUGCACUGCUCAGGGAUCUAGAUCCUAAUUGUUUGCGAGAGGCUUUUGUCUCUCUACACUUGUCAGACCCUAGCUUGGCAUUGAGGUAUGCUAGUGAGGUAGGCCUGUCAAUACCCAGUGAGUUGUCAACAGCCAUUAUAGAGAAGAUUGAUGACGAAGACCUUCUGGAGAGAUUUCUUUUUUCAGAGGAUAGCCUGACGGCAUUUGAAGCAGGGAUAUCAAUCCACAAAACUAGCAGCAAUCAACAGCUAUUGAAAAGGGCUACAGAUACUAUAUUGAGAUGCCUUGAAGACCUUCCUGCAUACAAGGAAUACGCAAUUGAUGUGCUCCUCCUCUCUACAUACACAUUCUCUGGUUAUGCAAUGAGUUUCAUAUCAUUGAUAGAUCCAUAUGACUUGGGCUUCUGCUCGAAAUGCCUAGAUUUCAGCUUCAAGAUUUCGGAAACUCAUGAGUUCCUGCACAUCUCCGACUUCCUAGGAUCCAAGUUCAUGGAUACCCACGAUGCAACUAUACAGAAUCAGAACUUCAAGGUCCUUCUUCUAGAGAAGAUGGCGUACUUUGCAAACGUCUACUCGUCAUAUAACGAAGAAAUAGUUUCUGAGGCACUGGAGGGUAUUGUAUCUGAAAACCCGGAAAUGAGCUAUGGCUCCUUAACAUUUCUUUCUUCCUGCCUUGAGGUUAUGAGGAAAAGCUUUGAGCCUGGCACAGAAGGGGGGAUGGAAUAUGUAGGUUACCUAGAGAAGCUAGUAAAUAAGAUAAACGAGGUGAAGUAUGGAAAGAUAUUAAGGUGUUGCUUUAGUCUUCUUAGGAAACAUGCCACAAGGGAUAUCUUCCUGAGGGUUGUUGGAGUGCUAGACUCUUCGUUUGAGCUUCCAAGCAAACCUCUGUAUUUGAGAAGCACACAAACGUUCUUAGGAGCAUUCAUAUGCAUUGAGCUUUCGGAGAUGUGUAAAAGCCUAGGGGAAGACCUUAAGGAUAAGGUUAUUGGUAUUAUGUUAAAGUUUGUCGAGUAUGGAAAGGAAAGUAAAAGCAUGGAUGCAAGUUCACAUUUGACUAUCGUGUCAUGCAUCAGAUCUUUGAUAUCUUCGAAUCCUCAGUCUGAGAUCUCAUUUGACAACUGCAGGCGGUGUAGGGAAAAUGUGCUUGAUCCUAUUGUUCUCCCUGGAGCUCGGGUUUGCGAUGAAAGGAAUCUAAAUAAACUUCAUGAAUUCCUGAGCAGGGAUGAGAGUGGAGAAGCAGAGAUGAAGAAUGUAACACAGCUUACAGGGCUGUCUGAUCCCAUCUAUGUUGAAGCAACCACGAGUUAUACUCGAUAUGAAGUUGUUAUGGAUGUGCUGCUUAUCAACCAAACGUCAUCCUAUCUCCAGAAUGUUCUACUGGACUUUGUUACGAGCCAGGGAUUCAGCGCCAUCUUCAUUAACACGCCGUUUUCGUUGUCCAGCAGAUCUGUUGUAACAAAAAGGUUUACAUUCAGAAUUGUAGAUGGAUCGAAUGGGUUUAUAAGUGGGUCCAUCACGUUCAGGUACCCAGACGAGAGUGGGGAGUAUGCCAACACGACAUACACGAUCAACUUGUCUGAGGUGAAGACGUCUGUGUCCAAGUUCCUUGAGCCAAAGAAAAUGGAUUCUGAUGGAUUUAGAGAGAUGUGGAAGGAGCUUGAGUGGGAAAACACAUAUACUCUUAAGUUUGCUACGCGAAGAACAUUGGAAGAGAUAUUUGGGGAGGUGUGCAAGACUCUUAACGGAGAGGUGGUAGACAUUGAGUGUGAUGAAAGCUAUGGUGUUGGGAACAUAGCAUGUUCUACACUGCAGAAUGUAUGUGUACUAAUCAAUGUAUGCCUAAGAAGAGGAGAGUAUGUCCACUUUGAGUCACGGAUCCGUAGUAGGAAAGAAGGAAUAGUGAAGUCUGUAAGUGCAGUGGUUGGGGAUGUACUAAAGUCUCUCAAGAAUAAAUGA